AUGGAGACGCACAUCUCGUGCCUGUUCCCCGAGCUGCUGGCCAUGAUCUUCGGCUACCUGGACGUGCGCGACAAGGGGCGCGCGGCGCAGGUGUGCACGGCCUGGCGGGACGCCGCCUACCACAAGUCGGUGUGGCGGGGGGUGGAGGCCAAGCUGCACCUGCGCCGGGCCAACCCGUCGCUGUUCCCCAGCCUGCAGGCCCGGGGCAUCCGCCGGGUGCAGAUCCUGAGCUUGCGCCGCAGCCUCAGCUACGUGAUCCAGGGUAUGGCCAACAUCGAGAGCCUCAACCUCAGCGGCUGCUAUAACCUCACCGACAACGGGCUGGGCCACGCGUUCGUGCAGGAGAUCGGCUCGCUGCGCGCGCUCAACCUGAGCCUCUGCAAGCAGAUCACCGACAGCAGCCUGGGCCGCAUCGCCCAGUACCUCAAGGGCCUGGAGGUGCUGGAGCUGGGCGGCUGCAGCAACAUCACCAACACCGGCCUCCUGCUCAUCGCCUGGGGCCUGCAGCGCCUCAAGAGCCUCAAUCUCCGCAGCUGCCGCCACCUCUCGGACGUGGGCAUCGGGCACCUGGCCGGCAUGACGCGCAGCGCGGCCGAGGGCUGCCUGGGCCUGGAGCAGCUCACGCUGCAGGACUGCCAGAAGCUCACGGACCUGUCCCUGAAGCACAUCUCCCGGGGACUGACGGGCCUGAGGCUCCUCAACCUCAGCUUCUGCGGGGGCAUUUCGGACGCCGGCCUCCUGCACCUGUCGCACAUGGGCAGCCUGCGCAGCCUCAAUCUGCGCUCGUGCGACAACAUCAGCGACACGGGCAUCAUGCAUCUGGCCAUGGGCAGCCUGCGCCUCUCGGGGCUGGACGUGUCCUUCUGCGACAAAGUGGGGGACCAGAGCCUGGCUUACAUCGCGCAGGGGCUGGACGGCCUCAAGUCCCUGUCCCUCUGCUCCUGCCACAUCAGCGACGACGGCAUCAACCGCAUGGUGCGGCAGAUGCACGGGCUGCGCACGCUCAACAUCGGCCAGUGCGUGCGCAUCACGGACAAGGGCCUGGAGCUGAUCGCGGAGCACCUGAGCCAACUCACCGGCAUCGACCUGUACGGCUGCACCCGCAUCACCAAGCGCGGCCUGGAGCGCAUCACGCAGCUGCCGUGCCUCAAGGUACUCAACCUGGGCCUCUGGCAGAUGACGGACAGUGAGAAGGUCAGGUGAGGGCGGCAGCACCCGUCCCUCCCGCGCCGCCCACCCCCAGUCCCGCCCUGUUCGCCCUCCGGCCGCGGACGCGGUGGGGCGAUGACCGGAAGCCCCCAGGCUCCCCUCCCCUCUUCCCUUCUCGUGUGUCGGGGAUGGGGGGUCCCUCCCCCGCCCCUCUCCUGUUCCCGGAGGGUGUGGAGAUGGACCCGCCGCCCACCACCCACUCCUCCCGGCGGGGGUCCGGAGGAGGGACUGAGCUACUGCGUCCGAGCUGCGCCUGGAAGUGGGGGUGGGGGUGGGAGUGAGCAAUCCCUCCAGCCCUGGGGAGUUGAGGAAAAUGUCUGCCUUCACUUAAGCUUUCAUUUGAAUACUGUGAUCUGGUUUUUAUUUCGAAAUGUAUAAAAGCAAACCCAACUACAACGGCCUUUUCACCCUUCUUCCACUUCGUAACUAAUCCCAGUCUCGCCUCGUCGCUCCUCUGACAGCACUCUGCUACUCACGCUCAUUUCAUCCGUAUUGUCUCUUUUUAUUUUUUGAAGAAACUUGACAUCCACUUGUCUCUUUUUUUUCUGCUGAGUAUAUUCUAUAUAUUAUAUAUAUAUAAGUUAUAUAUAUAUAUACACACACAUAUA